AUGAUGGCCAAGCCAUGGAACGAAUACCAAGGAACUAUCACCAAGCUGUACAUCAAGGAGGGUAGAACACUCAAGGAUGUCCGCAACAUUAUGAAGUUGAAGUACAACUUUGACGCUUCAAUCCGCUCAUAUCGACAGCAUUUUGAUAUUUGGGGAGUAGGCAAGUAUACUUGCAAGAAACGAGAAGAGCGCCGUCGCCGAUCCGUCAACAAGAGCCUGUCCCUCUCCCCAUCACAGUCUCUCGCAGACGUCAUCAUAAAACAGGAAGAGGCAAGCUCGCCAGCUUCUUCGUCAGGCUCCAGCCCCGUAAGCCGACGCUCAUCAGACCAGAAACCUCUGCCUGUGCUGAAGCAGCCCAUCCUCUACCCAUACUUUUUCCAGGACCAGAUGCGCUCUCAAGACGAUGCCCAGGCAAAGAUUGAUGCUUCCCGGGCGCCGUUGUGGGAACGCCUGGACAUAGACAUGCUUCGCAGUUCCCAGAAUGCUCAAGCCAUGCUGCCGUCGUGCGUAUAUCCCUCUGUUUAG